UGGACUUUAUGGUGUGUUAUGGUCAUAUUUUAGGUUAAAAUUUCAUAACCGGACAAAUGGUGAUUAAUAAAUAAAUAACAUGGAUAAAUUUGGUAGAAGUUUAUUAAAAAAUUAUGUUCAAAUUGCAAGAUUUUACUCAACGAAAUCAAAAGAAGAAAUAGAUAAAUUGGUGAAAGGUAAGAAUGUAGUAGUUUUCAUGAAAGGGGUACCAGAGGAACCACGGUGCGGAUUUAGCAAUGCGGUAGUACAAAUAUUAAGAAUGCAUGGAGUUAAAUAUGAAGCACAUGAUGUUUUAAAGGACGAAUCUCUACGGCAAGGAAUUAAGGAAUACUCUAAUUGGCCUACAAUACCACAGGUUUAUAUGAAUGGAGAAUUUGUUGGAGGUUGUGAUGUAAUGCUACAAAUGCAUCAGUCUGGUGAUCUCAUUGAAGAAUUUGAAAAAGUAGGUAUCAAGAGUGCUCUUUUAACAAAACAUGAGAAAGAACAAAAACAGAAAGAGGAAGCAGAAAAGGGCAAAACAGGUUGAAUGUUUUAAAAGUGUUGUAAGUAGUUUAACUGUACAUACUUAUUAUAUUCUGUUUGAAAAGGGUAAUAAAACCUAUCAGGUUUC